GCGGCUGCCGUCGGGGUCAUGCUGGUCCUGGUGCUGGUGGUCCUCAUCCCCGUCCUGGUCAGCUCCGUGGGCACCGACACCAGCCACUUUGAAAUGCUGGGUACCUGCCGCAUGGUGUGCGACCCCUACCUGAACAAGGGCACAACGGCCAGCAGCACCAGCUCCAGUGGCAUCCAGGCGGAGGCCGAGGCCCUCAGCGACAACAGCAACAUGCCCUCCACGCUGGUGCAGGGCCCCCAGGGCAAGCAAGGCAGGCCAGGUAAACCUGGACUCCCGGGACCACCUGGACAGCCAGGGCCACCGGGGCCAGUGGGACCCCCUGGAGACCGAGGGUCUGGAGGGAGGACUGGGAUUUUGGGGUUGGGGGGGAACGGAGCUAUCAGCACUGCCACCUACAGCACAGUGCCCCGGGUGGCCUUUUACGCAGGGCUUAAGAACCCCCAUGAAGGCUAUGAGAUCCUCAAGUUUGACGACGUGGUCACCAACUUGGGAAACAACUACGACGGCAUCUCAGGCAAGUUCAUCUGCAGCAUCCCUGGUACCUACUUCUUCAUCUACCAUGUGCUGAUGAGAGGAGGGGAUGGGACCAGUAUGUGGGCAGACCUCUGCAAAAACGAACAGGUGCGAGCCAGUGCCAUUGCCCAGGACGCUGACCAGAACUAUGACUACGCCUCCAAUAGCGUCAUCCUCCACCUAGACGCAGGCGACGAGGUCUAUAUCAAGCUGGACGGCGGCAAGGCUCACGGCGGCAACAACAACAAAUACAGCACCUUCUCUGGGUUCAUCCUCUACGCCGACUGAACCCACGCAGGUGGCACGUCCAGAGAGAGA